AUGCUCAAAAAUGAUUCGAAAAUAACAAGAAUAUCCCCAGAAGUUAGUAGGAUUCUAUAUAUUAGACAACUUCCAUAUAAAAUAACUGCAGAUGAAUUAUAUGAUAUAUUUGGAAAAUAUGGAACUAUAAAGCAAAUUAGAAGAGGAACAAGUUUAUCUACUAGGGGAACAGCUUUUGUUGUUUAUGAUGAUAUUUAUGAUGCGAAAAAUGCACUGGAACACCUUUCUGGAUUUCAAGUUGCUGGGAGAUAUAUAGUUGUAUUAUACUUUAAUCAAAGCAAAGUGAAAAGUCCCAAUGAUAAUUAAUUUAUUAUAUGUAAUAUUUAUUAUU